AGCUGCCAGCUUAAGUCAUUGGCAUAGCUAGCAGCUACAUCGCCUGCAGCACAGCAGAGGAGAGUGCGUGCACACGGUCGAUACGAACCGAUCGACAUGGCGGCGGCGAACUCGUCGGCGUCCGCGACCGUGAAGAUGGCGUCCGACGGGCUGUGGCAGGGCGAGAACCCUCUCGACUUCGCCCUGCCGCUCCUCGCCGUGCAGAUCGCCGCCAUACUCGUGGCCACGCAGGGUCUCGCGCUCGCGCUCAGGCCACUGCGCCAACCGAAAGUUGUCGCCGAGAUCCUGGGUGGAAUCUUGCUGGGGCCGUCGGCCCUGGGCCGGUGGGGCGCCUUCCGUCGCACCCUCUUCCCCGCCUGGAGCACCGCCGCGCUGGACACCGUGUCGGGCCUCGGCCUUCUGCUCUUCCUCUUCCUGGUCGGCCUGGAGCUCGACUUCCGCUCCGUGCGCCGCUCGGGGCCGCGCAGCGUGGCCAUCGCCGCUGCGGGCAUCGUGCCGCCGUUCCUCGCCACGCCGGGCCUCGUGCCGCUCCUCAACCUCGCCGUCCCGGCGCCCCGCCACGCGGCCUUUCUACCGCUCUGCGUGUUCCUCGGCGCCGCGCUCUCGGUGACCGCGCUGCCCGUGCUCGCAUGCAUCCUCAAGGAGCUCGGCCUCCUCGGCAUGCCGUUCGGAGAGACCGCCAUGGCCGCGGCCGCGGUGAACGACAUCUUCGCGUGGGCGCUCCUAGCCCUCGCGCUGGCCGUCUCCGGCGGGGGGGCAGAGCCCAAGAGCUCCCCUCUCGCGCCGGUCUACAUCCUCGCGUCGGGGGCCGCCUUCGUGGUUUUCAUGCUCUCCGCGCUCCGCCCGCUCAUGGCGCGCCUGGCGCGCCGCGCGGGCCCCGACCGCGCCGCCAGCGUGUCUGCCUGCUCCGGCGCCGUGGCCUGCGCGCUCCUAGCGGGCGCUGUCACAGACGCCAUCGGUGUCCACCCCGUGUUCGGCGCGUUCGUGUUCGGGUUGUCCAUGCCGCGGGAGGGUGGCCUCGCGGAGCGCGUGGGCGAGAAGGUGGCGCCGCUGGUGUCCGGGCUGAUGCUGCCGCUCUACUUCGCCACGAGCGGGCUGCACACCAACGUCGACAACGUCCGGGGCCCAGCGGCCUGGGGCAUGGUCGCGCUCGUCGUCGCCGUGGCCUCCCUGGGGAAGUUCGGCGGCACGUUCGCGGUGGCCGCCGGGACCGGCAUGGCCAGGCGCGAGGCGGCCGCGCUCGGCGUGGCCAUGAGCACCAAGGGGCUCGUCGAGCUCAUCGUGCUCAACAUUGGCAAGGAGAGGAAGGUGCUGGACGACACGACGUUCGCCAUCUUCGUCAUCAUGGCACUGGCGACGACGGUGCUCGCGACGCCGUUGAUGACGGCGCUGUACCGGUGCCCGCCGACGGCGACCACACCGGAGAGCGGCGAGAUCCAACUCAAAGGCGGCGACGCCUGCCCGGCCUAGCUGAGAAGCCCAGAGGGUCUCAUUAGCGUUUGUUUACUAAUCGUAUACACUAUAUAUGUAUGUAUAGUAUAAUGUGCGUGCCUCCCUGGCCGGCCAUGCUGAUGAGUAGUGUUCAGGGCCAGCAGGGGUCCAGAUAUUUGUGUGAUAUCCUUACGAAAUUACUUGUCUUGUUUGGAAGUGUAGUCCGUGUGUUUGCUAUAAUAUAAUCGCAGGAGAUAAUCAUCCA